AUGAACGAGUACGUGAUUUGGGGGAAGCCGGACUUCCAGGGCAAGACGCGAAAAGUCGAGAUUCCGAAGCCAGGCCCCAAAGAGGUUCUCAUCAAGGUGGUGGCCGCUGGUUUGAAUCCGAAGGACUGGAAGUUCGUCAAAGCCUGGGAUGAGUCUCGCGCUCUGAAUGCUGGCGAUGAUGUUACAGGUAUCGUCGACGCCAUAGGAUCCGAGGUCUUCGAGUACAAGGCCGGAGACCGUGUCGCUGGCUUCCACAAGAUGGGCCAGCCGGCGGGAACGUAUGCAGAGUACGCCAUCGUGCCCGUUGGCACGACAUUUCCGCUUCCGGCCAACAUCUCCUUCGAGGCCGGGGCAGGGCUUCCCCUGUCUUUCAUCACCGCCGCUCUAGCCUUAUAUCAGGGCUUGGGUCUCCCGCUUCCCACCACCCCCGGCACGAAGAAUAUCCCGAUUCUGGUCUGGGGCGGAGCCAGCGCCGUCGGCGCGUACGCCCUGCAGCUCUCCAAGCUGAGCCAGUUGGAUCCUAUCAUCACGGUCGCAGGAUCUGGUAUCGACUUUGUCAAAUCCCUGGAUGCGGCGACGCACAUCAUCGACUACCGCAAAGGAAACGUCGAGACGGGAAUCCUGUCCGCUCUGGGCGGGAAGAGGCUGACAGUAGCAUUUGACGCGAUCUGUGGGCACCAGUCGUACGAGCACAUCUCCAAGGUUCUGCUGGCCUCGAACGGCGGGGGCCACAUCAACAUCGUCGAUCCGCCCGAGGACGAGAGCUGGUCGUGGCCCGAGGGCGUCAAGAUGUCGCGGACCUUCGUCAGCAGCGCAUAUGGCGUACCGCACAAGCACAUCACGGAGGAACAGGCAGUGGCGGACGCCGAGUUCUCGUCUAUGCUCUACCGAUAUCUAAGCCACUUGUUGGCCGAGGGGACAUUCAAGCCGCAUCCGGUCGAGGUUUUGCCGGGCGGGCUGGAGGGAAUUGUUGAAGGGGUCAAGGCACUACAUGAUGGGAAAGUCAGUGCGAAAAAGUUGGUUGCUAGGUCCGAUUACUAA